GUAGCUACAGACUAAGUCUGUAGCUAAGAUGUGUAGUUAGUCUGGUGCUUUCAUUAGAGAUUUCUUGUCCUUAAGCUGUCUCACAGUAUACAUAGGUAUAGGCAGCAUACUAGAUGUCAGCCUUGUUUGGGAAGUUUGGUGGCUGUUGCAUGAACAAAUGCCAGUUUUCUCAUGUCUCUGUAAAAGGUGUAAUACAACAAUCAGAGUAAUGAGCUUUAAUACAGCAGCUGCCAAGUUGGACUCUUAUCUCUUUUUAAUGUCAAGUAUUGUUCAUGUGGAUUCCCUUAAAAUGUCCAAAUUUUUAUCCCCUGUGUUAUGCUCUUAAAACUUAUUUCUCCCCCUACGCUUUAUUUUAACAUGAAAACAUACACUUUUUCUGUCUAAAUCAAGACGGAUGUACACCCUUUUGCUCAAAUGAGAUUGGGAAGCAAGUAAGAUAGUUUUGUGGUAUCUAGAUACAGUUUCAUUAUGUAGAAGCAUGUAUUUUGACUGAAAUAUGGAUGUGUAUUCCUGUCUUACACAUUAGCAACAUUGGGGUGACUCACUUUUGUAGUGAGGAUGCUGUUCUGAGAUCUAAAUUGUAGAGAUGGAUUAAUUUCUAUCUCCCUCCACCCUCUCUCCAUGCAUCUAUUUGAAGCUGUGUUUAGGGAACUAUCAGCAUACAUAGGAAUUACAGAGGAAGUGUAGGCUAGAUUAAAGGUUUUGUAGAAAGUCUGAAUUACUUACAUGUUGUUUUCCUUUUUAUGUUGUUAUAAAGUAUUUUUGUAUCAGCAGAUGUGCUUUCAAUUUUAUUGGAUAACUGGAAAGAGCUGAUAAUACUAUUCCAGCAUGCUGUUAACCAUGAAAUCAAGUAUUUGUUUCCAGAAGCUGGUAAAAUUGUGGUCUGGUUUUAAGUUCUAUUAGUGAAGGCAAGACUAUCUCUGUAGGCCUGCAGGCUGGCUUCAGAUAUGUCUUUAAGAACUUUAGCACAUCUGCUGAUGUUUUUCCAUUUACAGUGUUGGAGAGGGCUCUUAGUUGGUAAAAUCAUUCUCAAGCACAGAAGUUGCACAAAGCCUGUGCAGCAGGUUGAAUGCAGGCCCAAGAAGAAAAGUAAGUUCCUUCUUGUUCCUAACUGGCCUAUUUUGAUAAGCAUCCACAUCUCCUCAUGAGUUUACGUAUUUAAACCAGGUCCCUGCUGAGAUGGAAUAUGAUAUGUCCCAACAACUGUUGCAAAAAGCAAUAGAGUGCUGCUGGUAAGAAGGAAAUAACAUCUUCACAGGAAAUACAGGUCAAGAAGGCUGAUGAAGGAGGCAUCAAACAUAUCAGAAACCUCCUGAAGUGUGUACAACACAGCAAAGGAAGACUGAAAGGGACUGAUGCCUGGAAUGGGAAGAGAGAGAAGAAGCAUUUAGCAAAAGGGAUGAGGAGGAAGCUGGAGACUGAGUAAGGGACACUCUCCACUGAUCCUUUAUAGCUUUCCUACCAAGUCUCUGCUUUGGAAAUGGUGAACGAGUUAAUAGUAAUAAUGUUGAAUGAGAUGCUCUGCUCAGCAAAGCUCCAGGAACACCAGCUAACAACCUGCCUUUUUGGUAAUCUGUACUUAUGCAUUAAUAAAUAGGCAUUUUAUUUCUUCAGAGUACAAUGCCGUAGGGUGUUUUAUGUCAUAUAAUUAGUUUGCUAUUAAAUAGACAAAUAUGUUAUUCUUUUAUAUAGAUAGAUGGUAAGACUAAAAAGAUAGUUACCUUUUGCAAAACAUAAACUGCAUAAUUUCACUGAAUAAUUUCAUAUUUGAACUUGAAAUGUUAGGAGCUGGAGGUUUGAAGGUUACUUCUAGUCUAACAGCUACAGCCUAGAGCUCAGCCUGCUGGAAAACCUAUUUCUGUAGACUAGUUUUUGGCAGAAGGUUCUUAUACAAAUCAUAUAUUUAACAAUGUAUGACAUAGCUCUUCAUUUUUAAGGGUGUUAGAUCCGUCCUGGAUUAGAUACGGAUUCUUGUUUUGCUAAUGACAUUAAUAUUUAGAAGCUGUUACAUAUAUAUAUAUAUAUAUCUAAAAAUUAAAAAGUAUUAGGAAUAUGGAAUGAUAAAAUGGCCUUAGGACUUUCUGUCUUCCUCAGCUCUGUUCAGAAUCAGCUUAUCUUUAAAAUACUUGGUGGGGCUUGACACCCAAGAAAGGUGUCCAGAAAGAUGACCGAUCUCAGAGAAGAGCUGUGGUGUGUGUUACACGGUUUUGUAAAUUGAAUUGAAACUGUGACCCACGGAGACAAUUGCUGUCUGGUGGUUUGGGAUUUUUUUGCAAGCUUGAGUGUAUUUCUGAAGAGGAGAUCUGGAGAAGAGUAUCCAUUACUAAAUGCAAUUAAAGGGGAGGAAAAAACAACAGCUACUUACUGCAAUUCUUGUAAAGAGCUUUGCUAAACUCCUGGGAAUAAAAGCCACUGAUGCUUCUGGUUCCAGAAUUCUUCUUAAUGAACUUAUUACUCUAUUCUCUGUUCUAGUGAACUUCCCUUGAUUCUAAAAAUCCUCAGACACAUAGAACACUUUUGCAAACAAAUGAAGUGGAGAAGCAAACUCUGAGGGCUUUUCAGUCCAGGCACCUUGGAGGAGGAAUAUCUGGCACCAAAUUUCUGUAGAUCAGAGGGUGCUUACUGAGACUGGACUAUUUUUCAGAAGACAGGAUUUUUUGCAGUAUUUGUAAGUUCUGCAUGUAUAUUUGAACAGCACAGCUUUAGCUGUUUGUAAAGUCUCUUUAUUAUUUAUUGUAAGUUGUGAUGUGGUUAGACACUCUGUCCUAAGUAUUUCCUUGUAUCAUUUAUUGUAUUGAACUUCAGUGCACCCAGGAUUCAAAGAGUUCAGGUAGGUUAUGAAUUUUUUAGGCUUUGUAAUUAUAAUUUGGGUUUUUUAAGAUUCCUUCCACAGAGUUGUGAAGGUUAUUUCCCUUGUAAAUUGAUACUCCUGAGGAAAUGCAGCUUUGUCUUUAUUAUCAAAGACAUUACCAACAGGGUUGAGAGAUGAAAGCACAUAUAAUGACUAACCUAGGUUUGAGCAAAUUGCCAGGGAGACAGGAUUGAACCUCUUCUGUGGAUUUUAAUAUUGCACCUAUUCAGUAGAAAACAAGUGAUUCCAUUUUCCAUAGCCAUCGCGCUGAUGGUUUUGGCUCAAUCCAUAUUCAUUUAAAUAAGACAAAUAAUUAAAAUUAUACAUGGCUGUAUUCUCAGUGUAUUUUUUAUAAAACUAUAACUUUUUCACUGCAGUAAUUGUUCUUCUGUAGUUUUAGUAUCAUAUUCCAAAUGGAAAUAUUUUUCUAUAUAUGAUUUCUUAUUUAUAGAACAAUUAAGCUAAUAAGAUAUUAUGUUAUUCUUUCAGAGCGAUUCUAAGGACACAAGGAACCUGAAAGACUGCUUGCUCAUCAUGUCUUCUGUUCUUGCGAAGAUGAAGAAAUUUGGCAGUUCUGACAUGGAGGAAUCUGAAGCGACAGAUGAACACACGGAUGGGGAGGACUCCGCAGUGGAAAUGCCUGACAGCCUCCAAGGUACACUAAACACCAAGGUGCAGCCACCCAAAAGCAACAUCUUUGCAAGACGUGGGAGGUUUGUGAUGGGGGAUAGUGACAAGGACAUGGCUCCCAUGGACUCCUUGUACCAGAUGGAUCACCUGUUGGCACCUUCUGUCAUCAAAUUUCAAGCCAAUUCGGAAAGGGGGAAACUUCACAAGCUCCUAUCUAUAGAUUCCAUCACAGGCUGCUCAGAAAAGGCUUUCAAAUUUUAUGACCGCAGAAGGAUCUUUGAUGCUGUAGCCCAAGGCAACACAAGGGACCUGGAUGAUCUGCUACUCUACCUUAAUAGAACCUUGAAGCAUCUCACAGAUGAUGAGUUCAAAGAGCCAGAAACUGGGAAAACCUGUUUACUGAAAGCCAUGCUGAAUCUUCAUGAUGGGAAAAAUGACACCAUUCCCUUGCUGCUGGAUAUUGCAAAGAAAACUGGAACUCUGAAAGAGUUUGUUAAUGCAGAGUAUACGGACAACUACUACAAGGGCCAGACUGCACUUCACAUCGCCAUUGAGAGAAGGAACAUGUACCUGGUGAAGCUCUUGGUCCAGAAUGGAGCAGAUGUUCAUGCAAGAGCCUGUGGGGAGUUCUUCAGGAAAAUCAAAGGGAAACCUGGCUUUUAUUUUGGGGAGCUGCCUCUAUCCCUGGCUGCCUGCACCAACCAGCUCUGCAUUGUGAAAUUCCUCCUUGAGAACCCCUAUCAGGCCGCCAACAUCGCUGCUGAGGACUCCAUGGGCAACAUGGUCCUGCACACGCUGGUGGAGAUUGCAGAUAAUACUAAGGAUAAUACCAAGUUUGUUACCAAGAUGUACAAUAACAUAUUGAUCCUUGGUGCCAAAAUUAAUCCAAUCCUGAAGCUAGAAGAACUCACCAACAAGAAAGGGCUCACUCCAUUAACUCUGGCAGCCAAAACAGGGAAGAUAGGGAUUUUCGCUUACAUCCUCAGACGAGAGAUCAAAGAUCCUGAGUGCAGACACUUGUCUAGGAAGUUCACUGAAUGGGCUUAUGGACCUGUCCACUCAUCCCUUUAUGACCUGUCCUGUAUAGACACAUGUGAGAAAAAUUCAGUGCUUGAGAUUAUUGCCUACAGCAGUGAAACCCCAAACCGUCAUGAGAUGCUGCUGGUGGAACCCCUUAACAGGCUGCUACAAGACAAGUGGGACCGGUUUGUCAAACACUUAUUUUACUUCAACUUCUUUGUCUAUACUAUGCACAUCAUCAUCCUCACUGCAGCAGCUUACUACAGACCUGUAGAGAAGAAGGAGAAGCCGCCCUUCACAUUUGGUCACAGCACUGGGGAAUACUUUCGAGUGACUGGAGAGAUCUUGAGUGUACUGGGAGGUCUCUAUUUUUUUUUCAGAGGGAUACAGUAUUUCGUGCAGAGGCGCCCGUCAUUCAAGACACUGAUAGUUGACAGCUACAGUGAGGUUCUUUUCUUUGUUCACUCCUUGCUCCUUCUGAGCUCUGUGGUGCUAUACUUCUGUGGCCAGGAACUGUACGUGGCUUCUAUGGUCUUCUCCUUGGCGCUGGGCUGGGCUAACAUGCUGUACUACACCCGUGGCUUCCAGCAGAUGGGCAUUUACUCUGUCAUGAUUGCCAAGAUGAUCCUUAGAGACUUAUGUCGCUUCAUGUUUGUCUAUCUAGUAUUCCUCUUGGGAUUUUCUACAGCUGUGGUGACUUUAAUUGAAGAUGACAACGAGGGGCAAGACACAAAUAGCUCUGAAUAUUCCCGAUGUUGCCAGGUGAAACGAGGCCGCACAUCCUACAACAGUCUGUAUUAUACCUGCUUGGAGCUCUUCAAGUUCACUAUUGGGAUGGGGGACCUGGAGUUCACAGAGAACUACAGGUUCAAGUCAGUGUUUGUCAUCCUUUUGGUUCUUUAUGUCAUCCUUACAUACAUCCUCCUGCUCAACAUGCUUAUUGCACUGAUGGGGGAAACUGUGAGCAAAAUUGCACAGGAGAGCAAGAGCAUCUGGAAACUCCAGAGAGCCAUCACAAUCUUGGAUAUUGAGAACAGCUACUUGAACUGUGUGAGGCGCUCGUUCCGGUCUGGGAAGCAAGUCUUGGUGGGGGUCACACCUGAUGGCCAAGAUGAUUACAGAUGGUGCUUUAGGGUUGAUGAAGUUAACUGGUCCACGUGGAAUACUAAUCUGGGCAUAAUCAAUGAAGACCCUGGGUGCUUUGGGGACCUCAAACGAAAUCCCAGUUACUCUGUUAAGCCUGGCAGAGUUUCAGGGAAAAACUGGAAAACACUGGUUCCGCUUUUAAGAGAUGGAAGCCGGAGAGAAGAGACACAAAAACUACCAGAAGAAGUCAAAUUAAAACCUAUUUUGGAACCUUAUGAUGAGGCAGAAUAUUCUGAGACGUUGAAGGAGUCACUUCCAAAGUCAGUCUAAUCUUAUUUUAUUUUUAAGAAGGUUAAUUGUAGUUGCCUGUGUUGGUCCUCACAAGCAGGACAAUUCACUUCUUUCACAAGAACAGGGAUUUUUGGAAAAAGGUAGAGGAUUGGGGAAAUUACAGUGUGCAAGGAUUCAUGAAGUAUGCUAAAUAAACUACUUGUUUAAGCUCAUGCCUUCAUGGUUAUUUUUAAUAUAAAUGAGCAAGAAGCUAUCUAUACUGCUUAGUUUAUAUUGGCUAGAUACUUGCAUCUAGGGUCUCUGUGAAGUAUUAGAAACAGUUGCCAUAGUUGUUUGGAGUUUUUUGUUUUGUUUUAUAAAUAAAUAAAUUGAGACUUUCCCACACUUCA